CAAUGUUUUCGUACUAUUUGCAUUCUCAAACUUGACGGGGCUAACAAUACUGGCAUCUCUCUUUCUCCCACAGAUUCGAUAUCAUUGAGCAGUUCUGACGAUGAAGAGGAGGAAGAAGUCGAAGUAGAAGAGUUUGAGGAGCCAACACCGAACAGGCACGCUUUCCUGCAAGGCGUUGACGAGAGCGGCGUCAUAGUGCUCAAAAAUGGGAUGCGCAAGGAACCGCUGCGCUGCAACCUCUGCCCUUACACGACGCGCUACUCGACCCACUUCAAGGACCACAUGCGAGUGCACAGCGGAGAGAAGCCCUUCAAGUGCACCAAGUGCCCAAACUCAUUCACGCAGAGGGCGCACCUUCAGCGCCACUUGCGCACUCACGAGCCCCGGAAGCCUCGGCAGCUUGCCCUAGCACGUGCCUCCGUUCGGAAAGCGAGGUACUCGGAGCGCAGCGAUCAGUCGAGAAAGCAUGUGCUUGGAGUUCCAACAGGACGAAGUGCUCGAGGUAAAGGCCGGUCAUUUCUUCAGUGGUGGUCGGUGAGGGAAAAUUCUGAGGAUGAAGAGAAGACCGAGGGGAUCAGGCCACGCAAGUUUCAUCAAGUCUUUGGGCAUUCCAACAACGCGGGCGCCACAAGUCGGGAAAAGAAAGGUUUCAUGAGGAAAGAUCCGCUAGUGUGCGGCCUGUGCUCGUACACCACGGGCUACGCGACUCACAUGAAAGACCACAUGCGGACGCACAGUGGGGAGAAGCCCUUCAAGUGCACCAAGUGUUCUGCUGCAUUCACGCAGGCAGCCAACUGUAAGCGCCACCUUCGCACCCAUCACUCUUAGGAGACCCCGAAGAUGAAAUUUAGGGUCCGUACGUGCAUACCUUGUGUGGCACUCGCGUAUCGUGCAGGUGUAAGCAAACAAAUGUGUGAUCUACUGUCGCCAUUCUUCAGAGCGCAUUGUAGAAGACAACAAAGGACCAUCAAUGAGAAACUGUUAGGGGUGUUUUUUCCCAGAAACGCAGCUAGCGAAGGCAAGUAACGAUUGGAUGGCAAGAAGCACCCUGAUUUGUCAUCGGCUCUCUGUCAUGUCAGUGUUUUGCCUUCUCUAAAAAGGAUAAUAAGCCUUUACCAACUAUACCACCUAACCACAUUCAUUCAAGAGAAUGCGGUUGUUUUUUUGUUUUUUUUUAUGGUCUUAUGAGAUAUAUAUGAGCAUAACAUGGAAGUAGUUUGGUCUAGGACAACUCAUUGCUGGGCUUAUCAAUAAAUUACUGCUAAAUAUCAGCGCUUACUUGUGGAAUUGCAUGCUGAGCUUGAAAAUGGCCUAAUGUAGAAGUUUGAUUAAGAAGUCAUUACCAGGCAACUUUGUACAUUGCUGUUAUAUAUCAGUGCUCGAGUGUGAAUAGACAGCUACUAUGGUUGGGCCAUGUAAAAAGACCAUUGUAUGACAAAGGCUCAUUUUGGGCACUAUCAUUUGUCGAUGUUCACAAGGUAGGCUGUCAGUGCUGUCGUGUGCAUGCUUUGUAUGGCGAGCACUGUUUUGCAAGCUGUCAGUGAUCAACUUCAGAUUCACGACACUGUGUAUGUGCUUUUUUUUUACGCUAUGCAUCGAUAUCAAGUGUUCCAAUUUUUCUCUGUCCAUCACGAAUUUGUAAAGCUUCCUUGCCUUGAUUGCACACAUGAAAUGCUCUUUUGCUUUGUACAUGUGGUAGUCCUUGUUUUUUGCCUCUCUGAAUAUAUUGAAUUGCCUCUCUGAAUAUAUAAUAUUGUCAAAAAGUACAGUACUUUUGUAGUCAUGCAUUUCAGAACUCGUCAAGAAGUCAUCUGUUUGAAUGCAGAAUCAACGCACAGAGUUAUGUCUGUAGAGGUGAAUACUGUUGAUACACCCAUUGCUUGCUUUGCUAUAUGUUUUCUCAUUUUCUCAAUGUGCGAUUUACGACAAGAAAUACAGAUGCCCAGCUAUGUGUUCAAGUACUUACUUGAGUGGCCAUUUUCGAUCCAAUCACCUCUGCAAGAUUUGACGAGCCUAGUGCCGGACUCUUUCGGCUGUCUACAGGCCACAUUGUUCUGGCACAGUGCGAACUUGUAUAUCAAAGCAUGCCAUAGUUAUUACUCGCAGACAUCAACUCGCCCCGCACUAAUCUUGUGAAACCUUGAAAAAGUGAAAGUAUUGCCAGAGAUGAUUGCCUCAGAACAGCACUCCUAAAUCAGGUUACAUUUCAAAUGUGCCUGAUCUUGUACAUAUUGUCUUCAGACCCUGUUCCCUUCCCUAUGGACAACAGCUCUCGUAGUUUUCUUUCGUAAGCCAG